CCCAAGGUAAUUUGUAUUUUUUUCGUAAAUCUAAGUAUUUGGUUUCAAAAUUGUAAAGUUAGAAGUGCUUCGUAUACAUUUUUGCUUUUUCUAAAUGACCAAGAUUAUCGACAGCUGGCAGUGGGCUUUUGGCCUGAUUCGCCUGCACUACGAUGUGGUGGGGAUUAUCGCCUUAAUUUGUCCACUUGUGCUGGGUGUCCUGGAAUAUGGAUACCUUUACCACAAAUGGGAUCUUCUCUGGUGGCGCGAUCUGGUUAUGCAGGAGGAGAUCACUCCACUGUCUGUAAUGUUGCACAUCGCUGGCAUCAAGGUGGCCGUUAUCCUGGGCCUCACGCUGUGGAGCUUCACACGAGUUGGGGAUAAAACGGAUAUGCAGGCCUCUCAGGACAUGCCCAUCUCAUAUGUUCGCAGGCGGUACUGCCGUUUCCUCAUGAUGCGCCUGUUGGCAUCCUUGGACGAGCUGGUGAGUCAUCAACAUCUUCGGAUGGUGGACUUCCAGCAGAUGCACAAGGACUUUUGCAUGGCAGUGGAACUCUUUCGCUGGGAGGCCCGAAAACUGUUCGAACGCAGCGAUCUGCAACUCUGCUUGCCACUUCACGAAGUCCUUCUGGUCAAGGAUCUUCAGGAGGAGGACCUCCUCCGCCGGGGCUACGGCGAGCGGUUAGAGCAUCUGCGGGAACUGGACAUUCACAGGAUGGUUUUUGAGACCUAAACUGGAUUCGGGGAUGGUGGCUGGUGGCCAACCGCUUUACCAGUUGCCAAACUUUUUAAUUGGGUUUCGGAAACAAUCUUGGGCUGGCUGUUGUUAAUUUCACUUUGCCAACAUGUUAAUUUUAAUGCAGCUCCAAAUUCCCCAAAGUGGCUGCUUCUCCCUCCAUUUUUCCCAGAGGGUGGAAGGAGCAUAUGUGGUAUCCUAGAAACGCUUUUGCUUAACAUAAUAAAUUAUACUUUCAGUAUUGUUGUACAAAGCACCACA